AUGUGGCAUCGACAAGUAUGUGCUGCGGUCUGUACACUCAAUCAGUGGUCACUCGAUUUCACCGGCAACUUGAAGCGCAUUCUCAAAAGUACGGCUUAUUCGCUGGCAGAUGAUCGGAAUUUAGGCAUAACAGGUAUUGCUAUUGCAUACAAAAGGGGCGCAAGAAUACGUGUUGGUGCAGAGCUGGAAAUUUCGGGCUAUAUGUGUCAAGAUCACUUCUUUGAACUCGAUACCGAAUUUCACUCCUGGGAAGUGCUCGCAGAAAUCGUCAAAAAAUCCAACGAUUAUCAAAACAUGGUCAUUGUUACUGGUAUGCCAAUCCGCCUGAAUGUUGAGCUUUACAACUGUGCAGUGGUCAUCCAAAAUGGGCUUAUUUUAUUGAUAAAGCCGAAAAUGAGGUUUUGUGAUCACGGCGCGUACUACGAAAAUCGCUAUUUUGUGCGUUGGCAAAAACCAAAGGAAAUUGUCGAUUUCCGUCUGCCAAUUUUGGAAAAUUGCGCGGUUGCAUUUGGUGAUGCCAUUCUGAAAACGAGCGACGGCGUAUCAAUUGGUGUGGAAUUAUGCGAGGAAUUAUUCGCCUGGUCUGCUUUUCAUUUUUGCAUCGGGCAACUCCCAGUUGUUUGGACUGGUGCUGUAUUGCCUGAUGAGCAUCCUUUGGCGAUCGUGAAAUUCGUUUUGUCGUACAUAGACUUAGCGCAGAACGGUGUUGACAUCGUCUGCAAUCCAUCGGCCAGUUUUCAUGUUUUGGGCAAUUCGGACCAUCGAAUCAAUAACCUCAUUAUGGAAAGCACCGCUAAGGCGGGCGGUAUCUGUUUGUAUUCAAAUUUUCGUGGCUGUGACGGUGAGCGUGUCUUUUACGAUGGUGGGUCAGCAAUCGCGCAAAAUGGACAACUGUAUGCUCGGAUACCUCAAUUUGACAUUGAAGAUGUGUGUGUUGCUACGGCGACGUUAGAUUUGACCCGCAAUAUCGCCUUUCGAGCGAGCAAUACUUCACUGCUGACCGAG